AUCUUACACAACUAAAAGGAAUACUGGUGAGUGAAUGAACAAAACAACUUUUUCAAAUAUCUGAAAUUAUGGAUACUUAUGGUGGUGGUCCAUUAGUAAUGGUGAUUGAGUAUUUGGAAUCUUCAAUGUCCGAACAUCUUCUCUGCAAAUUCCCCGACAAUUCCGCUUACGAUUUCGACUAUUCUCAGAGCUCAAUUUGGUCCCCUUUGGUCCUUCCUCCUCCUCCUCUGUCUUCCCCUGUUUCUGACCGUAGGCUCAGUUUGGGUCUAACAAGAAAGUUGUCGUACGAGGAAGACGCUGGCACGGGCACUUUCAGGGUAGUGACUGAGAGUAUUAAGAGGAAGUUCUCUAGUGUUCUUUUUGAUAAUCUGAAAAUAUACAAAAAGUUGAACAAGAGAAAGAAAAAUGGCUUUGAUUUUUCUCCUGUACCAUCUUCUUCUAAGCUCGCAUCAACUACCACAACUCCAAGAAAGGGAUGGGCUAAGGUGUUAAAAGCAGCUUCUAAACAUUUCAAGAAGAAGAGCAAGAAGAAGAAUAACAAGGAUCUUUUUAAUUGCUUAACUGACAGUAGUGCUACAAGGGUGGGCUGAUAUUCUCUUGCAAAUUUAGUAAUUUGAGGUUAUAUUUAGAUCCCACAGUCUUCUUUCCAGGAGGUAAAUCAACAAUCUCCCAUGUCUCAUUCUUCUCAAGUGCACUCAUCUCCUCCAUCAUCGCCCUCUUCCAGUGAGGGGCACACAAGGCUUCCCUUCUAGUCAUGAAACACUAGUGUUUCUACACUCUGUUGUACUUUUAUGGUGUAUCAAUUCCAUUAUUAUUGCUUUUAGAAGAUCAAAGCUUUUGUAACGAUCUCAUAACUUAAAUGCACUCAAAUGACUUGGUUUAAUAUCACAUUAUACAACUCGUUGGGAAUUUUGUUCACGGGCCUAAUAACUAUUAUAGACAUGGGAUGCCUAGGUAAUUUUUUAAUAAUAUCGGAUUGA